AUGACGGUUGCACGUAUGGUCGCGCUACAGCCAGCGUUCUUGGCUUGUCACACGGCUGCAAUCCGUGCUCGUGCGGAACAGCUCGCGCACCUUCUCAGCGUUGCGGUCGCGACGCCACGACUUGGCGCGAACAGCUAUGACGCCCCGAUCAGCAAAACCCAUACAGGCCAACGCAGCAUCCCCAGUAACAUAGGCCCGGGUAGACCUGCAUUGCCGACACCGGCACCACCACCAUCAUCAACAACGACCCGUCUAGCAGCAUCUACAACCGCCGCGGUAUCGGUCUCAAUAGCGCCGCCACGUCCACCGCCACCACCAGCUGCAGCCACAACUGCGCACUUAAACGACGGGACCCGCGGCGGUGGCCGGAACACCACCGCCACCACCGCAGGCAGCGACGGGCAUUCACAGGCCGUGACGCCUCAGGCCGCCAUGGAGCUCAUUGCCCGGCAGCCCGCCCUGCUGCAGGUGUCCCCGAACCGCCUGGUGAGCUGCUGCGCGGAGCUUGCUGGGGUGCUCGGGGUGGCACCGCAGGACGCCUGCCUCUGCCUCACACGCAUGCGGCCGGAGGAGCUGGCACGGAUGCUGCAGGCUUCCCAGGCGCUAGUCCGGGAGUCCUGGCUGGCUCUCGCGACUGUGAUCGCCUCCUUGGAGCAGCCUGGGUUGCAUGGACCACCCCUGCCCCAGGCAGCACCGGUACUAACUUGGGCUCCAGAAGGCCAGGACAGCGGCCAGGGAGGGUUGCUGGUCGCAAGCUCAGCCCAAAGGGCCACCGCCGCCAGGGGCGGUGACCGCAAGGCCACUAAUCAGAAGGCCGGCGACCAGCGGCCGGGCAAGCUGCAGCCGCCAUUCUCUGGGGUGGGCUUGGUGCUCCCGCCGCGUGUGGAGCUUGCGGCACGGGGCAUGGUGUUGCUAUGUCCCCUGCUGCUAAUGCUGCCCCCGGGUUGGGUGCGUGCCUCAGCGCUGCACCUGCGGUCCGUUCUGGGGCUGACGCCGGCUGGCCUCCGCCGCCUGUUAUCCCGCAGUCCGCGACUGCUGCUGCUGCCGAAGCGCCACCGCGAGGAGGCUCUGCAGGCGGUGGCCGCGCAGUUGGCAUUGCACCGGCCGGAGGAUGCAGCUCGGCUGGUCUCCAAACAGCCCAGCCUGCUGAAGUGGACUCCAGAGGGGCUGCGGGGCAAGCUAGAGGAGACAGCAACCGCGCUGGGCCUGUCCCGCGGCGGCGUUGCGCGGCUGUGCCGUAGCCAGCCCGCGCUGCUGGCCAUGUCAAGCCAGUCACUGGCAGCGAAGCUGCUCUGGCUGCAGGCGCUGCUCAGGCUGCCGGAUGCUGACACUGCACGCCGGCUUGUGCUGCGGCAACCCGCAGUUUUGACCAUGUCCAGCGCCACGCUGGAGCGGAAGGUCCGGCUGCUGCCGCACGGACUGGGCCUGAGCAACGCGUUUGUGACUUCCACAACCGGAGCCGUAGCUACGGCACCCGGCGGGGCAAACGGGUCUGCAGCCACAGCCAGAGCGCUGCGAGCGGAACGCGGCUUCGUGAUUCAGGCUGUGCUGCGGAUGGUGGUAGAGGAGCCGACGGUGCUGACGUUGAGCCCCGAGGCGCUGCCGCAGCGGCUGGAGCAUUUGGCGGAGGUGCUGGAUGCGGCCACGCUGCACGAGGCGCGCGCCGCAGUGAUGGAGUGCCCCCGCCUGCUGCUUAUACAGCGUGCCGCGCUCCGCCACCGGCUCCAGGAGCUCGCGUGGGGGCUAGACGCACCGCCGGCGGCCGUCAAGCGGCUGGUGCUGGCGUGGCCUCGGGUGCUGUUCCGGCCGCUGUCGGAGCUGCGGGCGGCGGUGUCGCGGGCGGAGGCGGCUGGCGCCGGGCGGGGGAUGCGGGGCAGGAAGAGUCGGGUGGCCGCGGCGUUGGAUGCCCUGGCGGCAGAUUCUGCUUUAGAGCUAUGGAAUGCUGCGGGCGCGGAUAUGGAGGUGGUGCAGUGA